GAUUGGGACCAAACAAUUGGUUUUGAGUAGCUAAUAUGGUUUGACUCUCCAUUGAGAAGAGUUUGAUCUCGCUGCUUCUCUCUUCCCAUGGCUUCUUCUUCUUCUUCUUUGCUCUGCAAAAUAGCGUGGUUGAGCACCCUUCUAACUAGCCUUCAAGUUUUGGCUUUGAAAACGCCGUUUCAUCCCCAAGACGUGCUUCCUCUGCUGCCGAGGCAGGUUUCAUGGCCAAUCCUCAACUCUCUCCAUAGCGCAGUGGAUAUUCUCCCUGUCUUCGUUGGUGCUGCUUCUUCCCCAGAUGACAAUCUCCAGUGGAAAGGUGCUUGCUUCUAUCAGAACAAAGCUUGGAUGGUCUUUCAUAACAAGACUGGUUCUGAAUUUGGUGGUGGCACCCUUCAUUUAAAGGUUAGCAAUGCUCACAGUUGGACAUGCAUGGAUCUUUAUAUUUUUGCGACCCCGUAUCGUGUGACGUGGGAUUAUUAUUUCCUGGCUCGGGAGCAUACACUUGAGAUUAAAGAGUGGGCAGGGAGAGCUGAGUAUGAGUAUGUAAAAAACCAUGGCUUAUCAAUUUUCCUCUUGAAAGCUGGGAUGUUGGGGACCCUCCAAGCGCUUUGGGAGGUUUUCCCUUUGUUUACAAAUACUGGGUGGGGUGAGAACUCCAAUAUUAACUUUUUGAAGAAACAUAUGGAAGCUUCUUUUGUAGCACGCCCUCCGCCUUAUGUUACAAAUAUCAGUGUUGAUGACAUUCAAUCUGGAGAUUUCCUUGCUAUUUCGAAAAUUCGAGGACGAUGGGGAGCUUUUGAGACUCUAGAGAAGUGGGUCAGUGGAUCCUAUGCUGGUCAUACUGCUGUUUGCCUUAGGGACCCAGAUGGAAAGCUUUGGGUUGGGGAGUCAGGAAACGAAGAUGAAAAUGGAGAAGUUAUAAUUGCUUUGGUACCAUGGGAAGAGUGGUGGGACUUUGAACUGAAUAAAGAUGAUUCCAAUCCCCAUAUUGCACUGCUCCCAUUGCACCCUAGCAUGCGUGCCAAGUUUAAUGAGACUGCUGCAUGGGAGUUUGCAGUGAGCAUGGUGGGAAAACCAUAUGGUUACCAUAACAUGAUCUUCAGUUGGAUAGACACUAUAAAUGGGAAUUAUCCACCCCCCUUGGAUGCUAAUGUGGUUGCUUGUGUUAUGACAAUUUGGAGUCAAGUCCAACCUGAAUAUGCUGCAAGUAUGUGGAAUGAAGCCUUGAACAAACGACUUGGAACUAAAGGACUUGACCUUUCUGAAAUUUUAGUUGAAGUUGAAAAGCGUGGAUCGUCUUUUGAUGAACUGCUGACAAUUCCAGAACACGAUGACUGGGUCUACAGUGAUGGAAAAUCAGCUUCUUGCAUUGCUUAUAUUCUUGAGAUGUACAAGAAAGCAGGACUGUUUGAUCCAAUUGCUAGUUCUGUUCAAGUGACAGAGUUUACGAUAAAAGAUGCUUACAUUCUCAAUAUUUUUGAGAACGAUUCUAGUCGCUUGCCAAAAUGGUGCAAUGAUGGAGACACAGUGAAGCUUCCCUAUUGUCAGAUUAAAGGCAAGUAUCGAAUGGAGUUACCUGGAUACAACACCAUGCAACCAUACCCUCAUAUGAAUGAAAGGUGCCCAUCUCUUCCUCCAAAUUACUUCAGACCCAAGAAUUGCUAGCAGUCUUCAAUUCUUUCCCUCCAAUCCUAGGGCUGAUUGCUUCACAAGAUUUUCUCAUAAUCCAGAUUUGGAUUGCUUAGGAGAUGCCAAAUUAAUUAUUGAUGUUUGUAUCCAUUUGAUUUACAUAAAAAUGUUCUAAUUAUUCGGGGUUGUAUAUAUAUUCUUACAACUUAUUUUAGAACAUUCAUGUAAUUUGGGUUGUCUAUAUAGCUAGAUUAAACACGAUGUAAAUAUAUGGGACUUUAAUAUAUGUUCAUCUUGCAAAACUAAUUUGAGCAGGUAUCAUAUGUAAAAUAUUUUCUAAGUCAUUCGUCUGCAUUUUUUUUUUCUAAAUUGACUACGCUUACAUUGAAUAGAAAAGUUGAAAAUUGCUGUACUAAGUUUUGAAAGUAGCAAUUUGUUUAC